AUGGCACCCAGCACUCUUUCCAGGAUUUUCCGGGAAUUCAUAGGCCAGGACUCUUACCAGAGCGAGUACUAUGUCGUGCGACAACCAAGCCAUCGCCGCCGCUCCAGAGCCCGCUCCGUUGAGAGAACCUCAGGGGAGUCGAGGCCAAGGAAAGAACGUCAUGUGCACGAGACGGUAGAGAUCCACCGAAAGCCCUCCAAACGCCAUGGUGACCGGGAAAAGAAGGUCCGAAAGGAGUAUGAGUACCGCUAUGAGCUCUUUCAAGACGACUCCGAAGCAGAGGGGAACGACGACCUCAAACAUGUCUCCUGGGCUCAAUGGCCUGACCUCCAAUCUACACUCAAUGGCUAUCAAUACCAACAACCCGAGUAUCAGCAGUCGCCUUCCGAGCCGCAAACCGACAAUCCCGCCCUCCAAGAAUGGAUUUCAGCCGAGCUCGCCCUCAUCUGGUCCUCCCUCGACCACCUCCAGCAACAACACAACGAACGCUCUGCCAACUAUGACCCCUACCUCCAACAAGCCAUCCUAGCCUCCUACGCCACCUUCAAACAGGAGCAAAUCCAGCCUUUGCUCGACGAGAUCGCCCGUCUCGAGAGACAAGGCAAAGACUACGAGAAGCUUGUAAAGGAGCUGAUGGGUGUCAUCAGGGGAUACCAGACAGAAUUAAGAACCGUGUGGGAUAGAGAAGAGAAAGAAAGGAAAGAUAAGGAGGAAAGAGCCGUAAUGAGGCAGGAACAAGAAGCCGGACAGCACAGACGAGAGUGGGAGACUUGGAACGAUCUCUCCGGGCCUACUUUGGCUGGAGGAUUAGGAUCCAAUCCCGCUUCGCCUACAGGAAGCGCCCCUCCUCCCUACAACGAUGUGCAACUACCGCCUGAACAGCCCGCUCCCCAAGCCGUUCCCGGGGUCCCCGCUCGCCCGCCGAAGAAGCUCGAACCAGCGCAUCAGCCUCGGGUUCGGUUCGAAGAGAUCCUCCACGAAAUUCCAGCCCCGCGACAUUACGCCGAUGAUGAGUAUGAGUACGGGCCCCGUGACUACCGCCGCAAAGAAAGGGGCAGGGGUCGCGGCCGUGAUCACCAUCAUCGCGAUGACCGCCAUCACGACAACCACCAACGUGAGUACGAGUACAGAUACGACUGGCCGCAGUCUCCGCGGUCUUCUUCAAAGGAGACGCAGCUCCAUCGUAACCAUGACCGGCAGCCCGACCAUACUCGGCACGAACACAGAGACAGGGAGCAGGAGCAACGUCAUCAUCGCCGGCAUCGUCACGAUCAUGAUGGACACGGCGACAGGCGAGAGCGCCGACCCGAUGACCAGCUAACGGAUUGGAACAUCCCCAGCCCCAAUAUCCUAGCUCCAAGCACCCACUGGGACGCUCACCUCCCCAGUCCACGCUCCCCACGGGACUUUGACGCAUAUGAACCCAGAACGAGGACCGAACACCGCCCUCGGAGGCGGCACUCGGUUAGCUACUCCUCGCCUUCACAGGCUUCGUAUGUGAGUCCGCAUUGGCUUCCUGCCGGUGAUGUCGAUAGGGAGAGUGAUAAGCACCCUAGGGGAUUUAGGGUCGUUAGGUUCGCUGUCUGA